AUGUUGAUGUUGAAUUCUGCAGAUCCCGGAGAUCGAGACGAUUUGCUAGAUGAGAAGUACACUGACAAAGAUGGCGAAUUUGCCCUUACUGGAACUACCAGAGAACUAACGGAUAUCGAGCCGGUACUGUACAUAUAUCAUGACUGCGACGACGGUAUUAGGAAGUGGGAAAAUCUUCCUGACCGUCGUAAACAACCCACAUUCCUUUCGCUUAUGUAG